CGCAGAAGGAAUAAAAGGGCCUGAAAAUGGGGGGGGGGUGUCGCGCUAUGGAGCUCGUGAGCGUCCAGUGAGAGUGGCUUUGACUUCAGCAGGUGAUGGUGACCCUGUGACUGUGUUAAUGAGUGAAAACAGCAGAGACAGACCACUCACUGAGUUGGAAUAACACAACACAGAUUACAGUGUCCUCUUGGAGCUAGGAAACUCCCAGAUGGCGCUCACACAAGUCCAGGACAAGACUGCUAAAGGGGAAAGGAUCAAUAAGGAAACCGGAGAGCUGAGUGCUUCAGGGGAAUUAUCUGUCUCUGUGGAGUUGAAGGUGGACAAAGUGGAGGGCUCUUGUAGGAAUCACCAACUCCCACAAGUGCUCAGAGAACAACUACAGGAGCUGGGAAUUCACACAUCCUCAAGCCCUGACUGCAGAACUGACCAUGUUCCUUUAGAGCAGAGAGAGGAGCAUCUAGUCAAAAUCCUGCCUCUCUACAUACAGGUCUGUGAGGAUGGUGGCAGACUUGAAGGUUUGAACAUUAAGGGCCUUGCAGCUCUCACUGCUGACACUGUCAUCCAUAACAUUCACAACAGACUGGCAGAAAGACCUGCAGAGGGGGCUCGUGGUGAGGUGGUGCGGUUCUUCCAGAGGCCAGAUACAAAGGAGACAAACUGUGAGGCGAGAGACAAUCAGGGAUGGCUGCUGUUAAAGUCUCUGCUGCUGCUGACAGCUGACAGCUCAGAUAUAUUGUCCUGUAUAAACCCAGGGCUCCCUGCUGCUUUGGUGAAAUGUCUGUACCUGCUAGUGUGCCUUCCAGCUAAAAAGGAGAACAUGGCCAUAGAAGAGACCCUUCCGGAGCCUCUAACACAGGUUCUCCUUCAGCUCUGUAGGCAGCCAGUCAAUGUGGAGAGACUGGUGGAAACUCAGGAACUGCAGUGUCUUAUCAUUGGCCUCACAUCACUAUGGGACCAGACCAGCGCCACCUGGAGGCAUCAGGCCUCCUGUGUCCUCAAGGCAGUCUCUGCUGUAGCAACAAGCAACACUGUCCUGAGCUUGUUAGGCAAGAACUGUUUGCGUAUCUGCAUCCAGAACCUGUUGCACAUCAGUGCUGAUGUCUCUGGACCGCUGCUAGCUGAGGUGGCUGUGGCUGUGUUCAGCUUCAUUAGAGACACCUAUGCCAUCAGUCCAGCCCUCUUCGUGGAGUUUGACACCAACAAUGGCUACGAGGCCCUUGAGAACAUCCUGAAACGCUGUGAGGAAGGUGUUCCUGCGGAUCAGUUCCAGCCUGUGGAGGAGUUGCUGGCUCUCAUCGCGUCUUUUACCUUGCUUGGAAAAACUGAGCUAAAAGUGGCUCUUUGUGUCACCAACCCCCAACCUCCAGGCUUUAAGUUUGACCCGCCGCUUACCAAAGGUGCAGCAGUAAAGAACCUGCCUGCCUUCCACCUGCUGCAGGCCUCCUUGCUGCGUUCUCAGGAUUCUCUGCUGUGCUGCCAGCUUCUUCGAACCCUGCAGACAAUAUGGGACAGGGACCCAGCCAAUUUCUUCCUCUUGGAGUGGACUGUCCAGUCGAUGGCCCAGCUGGCUGCCUGUGUGUGGCGUAAACCAGCACCUGUUCAAAAACUAUUUUUUUCACUGCUGGAGAUGGUGGUAUUUAAGUUGAACUACAUCCCCCAUGAGACCUUGCGGGCACUGCUGGGUGUGCUGAAGCAGAGCUGGGCUGGGACACUGGCUGGAGGAGUGGCGGGGAUGGAGUUUGGAGUGGUGGCUCUCAAGUGUUUUCACAGGAUGACAGUGCACAGUGGUAUGCUAGCUGAUGUGCUGAGUGACUGGGGUCUGUUGGAGCUGCUGCUCAGUGAUCUUCGCAGGAGAGCUAAGAUCCUCAGGAAGGCUGGAGUUGUCUCUUCCCCUCAAAUAAAUCACCAGCAGCUGCCUUGUGUGGAGGACAGUGAGAGACUGCUCACUACCUGUAUGCUUCAAGUGGUGUCAAGCCUUACUUUGCGUUCGAUCAAAAACACAGUUUCAGUGCGAGACCUUGGUAUGGUUCCCUACAUAAAGAUCUUCUUGGAUGAGGAUCAGUAUCGAGGUCCCACUCUGAGCAUUUUGGAGCAGCUAGCUGAGAUUAACCCUGAGGAGUUCAUGAGUACAGCCAUAGGAGCCCUCUGCUCCUCUACACAGCAGGAACUUGGGUUGAAGCGGGACCUUUUGCAGUCUGUACUGAAGGUGCUGGAGAGCCCUAAUAGCUGGGACGCCUUCAGGAGAGCAGGAGGCUUCACCGGACUGCUGUCUCUGGUGAUCGACAUGGAAGGAGCUCUGUCUGACCCUCCCCAGGGAGAAGUGUGGAAGUCCCUGGGGCAUCAACCGCUGCUGGACCUCCUCCUCCUCACUCUCCACAUUCUGGCCUUGGCUGUACAUCUUCAUACAGUAAACGCACACCAUUUUGAGACUGGUGGCUUUUAUGAAAGGCUAGCAGAGGCUCUACUCCAGCUGGGCUGCUUCCACACUGAAGGCCCUGAGAAAGAGAAGUUGGAUGGAGAGGAGGGCUCUUGUCCCCAGACGGCAGAGGACAACCAGUCUCCUGGAAAGAGUUUCUACCAGUUUGUUGAGUUAGCAGAGGCCCCUGAAACUCCCUCCUCUCCCUCCACCACACCGCAGUCCAAUCUACCUGUCACACUUCGGACAUGUUUAAGGUUGCUCUCUUAUCUCGACCAGUUCGCCACAGGGACCUACUCUCCUCUGGAGUUAAAGUUGGGACUAGAGCCUGAGGAUGGGUGUGACGAAGACAAAGAGAAACAAAAUGGACCAGCAGAGCAUGAAGGAGUGUAUUCAGGGUCCCCUCCUGUCCACUUGGGAUCAGACCCACAGUCCGUGGAGGACACACAGGGAAGAUCCAGAAACACAGCACCUAGUAUUUCUACAGUCAGCACAGAGUCUCAGUACAGUAGGUUCACCUGUGAUCAUAUUAUUCUUCAUCCAGGAGCAAUCCGAGUUAUUGUGACUCUACUUCCAUCAGUGUUUACUCCCAAGGACCCGCAGCUCUCUAUGGAGGUCCAGUUCUCACUGGCGUACCACAUCCAGGCCAUGGUCAAAUCUGAGCGAAACCGCCAGAUAAUGUGCGAGGCGGGUCUGGUCUCCACACUCCUGGCCCACUGUCAGAGCAUGUUGAUGGCUCCAAACCACCCAUUACAUUUACCUGUUACACGUAUCUUGGAGAAGCUCUCCUCCCAGGCCAUCACACAUUCAGACUUCAGAAAGUUCCUGUGUUUAGGGGACCCUCUCAUGUGCUUGGCAGACAAAACUGCCAAGCAAUUGAAACUAGAAUGUCACCCACUAGUCAAAGCUCCUGUUUCAAAUGGUCACAGUUCAGAGGCAGAUGCCUCAUCGGGAUCUCCAGUAAAGACACUGAAGCGGACCUUCAGCUUAUUACAGUCUACAACUCGAAGUGGAUCCUCUGCUGGAUCUGCAAUCCCUGUCCACCAGAUCAUCAGUCUGGUGUCUAUGACGUCACCGCGCACUUUCAGACCACACCGAUUCUCCUCCUCACCUGCCUUUGUAGAGUUUGACAUGAGUGAGAGUGGAUAUGGCUGCCUUUUCCUGCCCUCUCUGGCCACAGUGAAAGGAGUGACAGCUGGUUCAAUCUCAACAGGUGGAAUUGGAGGAGACUGCCGGGGUUUCCCUCCUACAGCUGGUCUCUCAUUUGCCUGCUGGUUCCAGAUCAACAGGUUCAGUUCAGCCUGUGAUUCCCACCCAAUCCGUCUACUGUCAGUGGUUCGCCACAUGUCCCGGACUGAACAACAAUACAUCUGUCUCUCUAUCUCCUUCUCAGCCUAUGACGGCUGUCUAGUUAUCUCGACAGAGGAGGAAGCAUUUACAUACCUGGACAUGAUGGAGCCAGAGGUUUGCACUCCCACUUCUUUGCCUACCUCGCUGAGGUUCCGCUGCUCCAGUAUGCUGGUCCCAGGUCAGUGGCACCAUCUGGCUGUGGUCAUGGCCAAAGACGUGAAGAAGAGCUGUCUGGCCUCAGCCUAUUUCAACGGCAAGGCAGUGGGGACAGGAAAGAUGAGGUAUAUUCAGCCAUUCCCUGGUCAGUAUGUCUCCAUGGACCCCACAGCUGUGAUUGAUGUGUACGGACUGAUAGGAACACCAGCUCUCUGGAAGGAGCAUGCUGCUCUAGUGUGGCGAGUGGGUCCUUCUUACCUUUUUGAAGAGGCAUUGAGCCCUGAGGCUGUGGCUGUCAUGUACACACAAGGCACCACCUAUCUGGGCAACUUCCUGGCUCUGCGCAACACAGGCCAUGAUCCAGAUGAGUCUCUCCCUCUCAGGCUGGUUCCUGAGGAGAGGAUCUCAUUUGGCAUCAACCCAGCAAUUUCUACAUUAACAACUGUUGCACAGAUCAGAGAGGAUUACAAUGAGGUGGACUGCAGACUGAUUGCUAAAGAGAUGGGGAUAACAUCUCGGGAUCACUCCACCCCUGUGCUCCUAGCUCGAAACAUCAGCCAGCACCUGAGUGGUACAGCUCGCACCAUAGGAGCAGCCCUGAUUGGACAUUUUGGUGUGCGUGUGUUCACCCCCAGCAGUGCAUCUAAUGGUUUCCUCUACAGCGGUGGGCCUGCAGUUGUUCUCAGUCUAGUUGCAAUGGCACCAGAUGAUAGCGCUCUGUAUGCAGCUGUUAAAGUUCUUCUUUUUGUGCUGGAGACCAACCUUGCCAUGCAGCAGGAAAUGAACCGCAUCAGUGGAUACAAGCUGCUAGCUUUCCUGCUGAAGAUGAAAAGCAGUCUGGUCAGCCACAGAACCUUACAGUUGGUUCUGUAUCUCUCGAGUUCAGUGGAGCUGAGGUCUGGUUCUGGUUGCUUACAGAACAUACCUGCUUUCCAGGCCCUGCUGUGUGACCUGGAGGUAUGGCAGAAGACAACAGAUAAUCUGGACCUUUCAGUUCUGAACCACUUUGCUGAAAUCCUGAAAUCUUCAAGUGAAAGCAGGAAUGCAGCGGUCAUGCACAGUAUGGGCCUGCUACCAAAGCUGCUAUUCAAACUUUCUGAUCCUGCUGUGACUGUUCAGAAGGUUAAGAUCAUUUCUUGUGUCAUCACAUCCCUCCUAAAAGCUCACUUCACCCCUCUGGACAUAUGCAGACUUGGGCUCUUCUUGGUCUACACACUCCCUCCUCUUAGUAACAUGAAUGAAGGCAAUGAGAUAUCUGACAGUGAUCUUUCACAGGAUAUGCCAGCUGUGAGUUCUGAUCCAGCCAGCCUCAUUUGGAUCCGCAACCAGAUGUUACUCUCUUUUUGCGAAAUCCUCAACUCAGACAGCCUCCUAAUCAAAGAUCGUCAGAAGGCCUUAUUUGAUGCCCUGGGCAGUGAUUGGUUCCUGCUGUUCCUUCAGCCCCACCUUCACCCUUCCACCUUGAAACUGGGUCUCGUCCUGCUCACACACUUUCUGUCGAGUCCCAGCCAGCAGAACAGCUUCAGAGAGGGGGUACUCCCAGCAACAUUCAUUGAGGGCAUGGAGGAACCCUUUGCUGUCAUGGACAACCUCCGAGCCCAUUCUUGGUCUUAUGAGUGCUCCAGCACCACAUGUCCUGGCUUUGAUGUUCUAAAAGGGCUACUGAUCAAACACUCUCACCUGCCUCAGGUGCAUGAAGCCCUGGCUGCUCUGCUGCUGGGGAAGAAGGCCAGUCACACUGCAGAGGGAGAGGUGCAUUUGGAUGAUGUCCUACAGUCAUUGAUUGACAGCCAAGCAGACACUCCUGCUCAGCAGCUCUGUGUUGAAGCUGCGACAAUACUGCUGGAAUUAGUCAAAGUCAUCAUUAAUCAGCCUUUUCUUUCAACAAAGCACAUGUCAGGCGCUGAUGCAUCAUGGGAGUUGCAGCUCCCAGCAAGUGUGAUGCAGUUCCUUUGUCUACUGCAUAACCUCCGGCCCAAAGACCCACUGUGGGCAUUACCAGAGUUCCUCCAUGCACUCGCUGGAGUUGUGUACCCUCUGGACGGUUCAGAGGGUGUGGUUGAGCCUUGCGUAAUAAGUGGAGGUGAGGUCACAUUCAAUCCAAAUAGGAAGCCAGUGUGCGACUUCAUCCGUAUUCUGCUAAUGGACAGUCUUCUUAAUGUGUCGGCCAACACCAGCACACAUCCUCUUGUUCUGCUGCUGGAGUUUUCCCCUGAUGGUGCAUUGCUGGAACAGAGGCAGAGUUUCCAGACUGAGCUGCUAGAGUGGAUUAUGGACAUCAUACACAUGCUCAGCCAUGAGGAAGAAAAAGACACUCAUCUCAACUCACAAGACUGCAAGAGUGAGAGGCCUGAAGGACAGAUGGGCAGGUUAAUGGAGAAUGUGGUGCUCUUCAGUAAGACUCUGCUGCAGAAACUUUACAGUGGAACAUUCUUGGGAGACUCUGGGAGAUUGCUCAACUUCCUUGCAGAUCAGAUUGUAGUGGCUCUGGAGAAAGGCCAAACUCAGAAAGAGAAGACAGUGUCAGCCCUCUACUCGUGCACCAAUAAAGUCCUGCUUUAUUUCUUGUCUCAACCGCGACAUUCCCAAGAAGGAAAGGAAGGGGUCAUCAGGGCGUUACAGACCUUCAUGGAACGCUGGGAUGUUGUCAUGGCAACUUACAAUGCAAAUGUGAACUUCAUUACAUGCCUUCUUCAUUGUUUGUUGCUGAUACGAUCUGGCAGCUACCCUGAAGGUUUCGGAUGUAUGGCACGAAAACUGCACAACAGUAAAGCCUCGUCCCACCUAUUUGCUACCAAAACCAGACAUUCUGCAUGCCUCAGCAAUGGAGCAGACGUUACCACAGAUGACAGUGAACUAGUGUCCUUAACGGAGUCCUGCUGGUCAAAGGUCAUGACGGAGAGGCAACACACGCUUGAAGAAACCUAUAAGAUAGAGAUCUCAGCGAGCCACACAUCGGAGACAGGGCCUGUCAGCAUGACUGACAUCAGCCCUCUGUGGGAGGAGACGGCACACAAAGCCUGGCUGUUACACACACAGUCUCAGAAGGAGAAGGUGGCCAGCAGCUCUCAGAAGAAGUUUGAUAUGAUCAGCAACGCUGUUCGCUCAGCUUUGGGCAGACUAGGCAAAGAGUCAGUAACAGUAGAGGAGUUUCUGUCCUACAUGGAGUCACAUCGACAGAGAGGCCACAGCAUGUUUGAGAAUAUGAGGACAAACCAUUUCCAGUUACGAGCCAGUGAGUGGGAGCGAGUGAGCUCCAUGUGGCUGCAUGUGGAGGCCGAGCUGCUGAGGGAGAGAUCUGUGUUCGGCCCUGGCCCAGGGGUGAUGCUGAGCCGAGACUGGGUGCAAGAUGCUGUUGAAGGACCCAACCGGACCAGAGCGCGUGUCCGCAGAAAGGCUCUGAGACUGUCCAAACGGGUGCAAGGAAUGCUGUGUCUGGGUUUAAGCACUGGUAUGUCUGAGGAGAACAAAAAUAGAACAGAAGGUGAUACAGAGCCCAAGAUCCUGUGUGAAGUUGGAGCAGAGGCUAAAGAGGAUGAAGAAGGGGGAGGACAGGAUUGUGACCAUCUGACCUUCUUCCCUGUUCUGAAUGACACACCUGACCCCUUCACCCCCGAACCCUGCUCCCCCGAACCCUGCUCCCACACACAAGACUGCUCCGACAUACGCAUCAUCCUGCAGAAGCUGCACCCUGGAGAGGAGGUAAAGGCUAAGAUGUGUGUAGUGAUGGUGAGCGGCCUCAGAGUGACGGAGGGGGUGCUGCUGUUUGGGAAGGGGAGCCUGCUCUUGUGUGAGGGAUUCACUCUUAGUCCUGCCGGAGAUGUUUGUUGCAGGAAACACCACCCCAGCAGUGUGAAAGAUUCCUUUAUUUCCACCAUGCUGAGUAAAGAGCUGAAAUCAGCCAGCUGCAGACGCUGGCUCUAUGAGGAUAUCAAGGAGGCCCGCUUCAUGCGUUUCCUUUUAGAGGACAAUGCUAUCGAGGUCUUCAUGAAAAACGGACAUUCAGCCUUCCUGGUAUUCCUGAAUAGAGACCAUGUCUCUGCAUAUAAAAGGUUGUGCAUGGUAGUGUCAGCAUUAAAAGGCAGAGGGGUUGCUGAGGUCAUUGCUAAUGCCAGGAAGACUCCUGUGGUUGAAAAGGCAGCCCUUGUUAAAUGGCAGAGAGGGGAAAUAAGUAACUUUGAGUACUUGAUGCAUCUGAACACCAUCGCUGGGAGGACAUACAAUGACCUGAUGCAGUAUCCAGUCUUCCCCUGGGUCCUAGCUGACUACCAAUCAGAGACACUUGAUCUGUCAAAUCCUGCAACUUUCCGUGACCUGUCUAAGCCAAUGGGAGCUCAGACAGAGAAAAGGAGACAGAUGUUCAUCCAGAGAUAUGAAGAAGUAGAGAACAUUGAGGGUGAAGGAGAUUUAUCGGCUCAAUGCCACUACUGCACCCACUACUCCUCAGCCAUCAUCGUAGCGUCCUUCCUUGUUAGGAUGGAGCCGUUUUCACACACCUUCCAGACACUGCAGGGUGGGUUGGAUAUCCCAGAGCGGAUGUUUCACAGUGUAAAGAAGGACUGGGAGUCGGCCUCCAGAGACAACAUGGGGGACGUCAGAGAACUGAUCCCAGAGUUCUUCUACCUGCCUGACUUCCUGCUCAACUCCAACCACAUCCAGCUGGGCUGUAUGGAAGAUGGUACCACUCUGGGUGAUGUGGAGCUGCCUCCAUGGGCGAAAGGGGACCCCCAGGAGUUCAUUAGAAUCCAUCGAGAGGCCUUGGAAAGUGACUACGUGAGUUCCCACCUCCACCUGUGGAUCGACCUGAUUUUCGGGUACCGGCAACAAGGCCCUGCUGCUGUAGAAAGUGUGAACUCGUUCCACCCUUACUUCUAUGCUCAGAGAGGCCGGCAGAAUGCUAAGGACCCUGUCAUCAAAAGCACCAUCUUGGGAUACAUCAGCAACUUUGGCCAGGUUCCCAAACAGCUCUUCACCAAGCCACAUCCAUCCCGCAGUGGCUCUAAGAAAGAGGGAUCUUCGCCACCCCAUCCAACACCAUUUUUCUUCAAAUUGGAUAAACUGAAGACCACUGCGCAGCCAUUCAGAGAGCUGCAGAGAGGCCCGGUAGGUCAGAUACUGUGCCUGGAAAAAGAGGUCAUGGUCCUGGAGAGAAACCAUCUCCUCCUGUCGCCUCUGUUGGGCUGCCUUUUCAGCUGGGGCUUCCCUGACAACAGCUGUGCCUUUAUAAACAAUGCCACAAAAAAGACCUUUGCUGUAUGUGAGAGUUUGUGUGACUGGGGGGAGACAUUGUGCGCCGCCUGUCCCAACCCGACGACCAUCAUCACUGCAGGAACCAGCACUGUGGUGUGUGUGUGGGAUGUAUCAGUCAACAAGGACAAAGUCACUCACAUGAAACUCAGACAGCCGUUAUACGGUCACACAGAUUCAGUGACAUGCCUGGCUGUGUCUGAGGUCCACAGCAUGAUAGUAAGUGGCUCCCGUGACCUCACCUGUAUCCUGUGGGAUAUGGAGGAGCUAAGCUACGUCACCCAGUUAGGAGGACACACAACCAGCAUCUCUGCACUGGCUAUUAAUGAACUCACCGGGGAGAUUGCGUCAUGUGCGGGACCUCUUCUCUACCUGUGGACCAUGAAGGGUCAGCUGUUGACCUGCACUGACACUUCCUGCGGGCCUCGGGCAGAUGUCCUGUGUGUCAGAUUCACACAGCGACACGAGUGGGAUGCCAAGAAUGUCGUCGUCACUGGCUGUGCAGAUGGCAUCGUACGGAUAUGGAAGACAGAGUACACCAGAACACAAUUACCUGGCCCUCCAGAAGAGCCUGUGUCCCCAGGGCAAGACCGAACAGAGAAAGACGUGAGCAGCUCAUGCCAGGUUAAAGGAUGGAAGAGACAUCUGGUGUUAUGUCAAGAGCUGAACAAAAGUCAGGCUGUGUCACAACGCCGCUUCAAGUAUAAUCCAGCCAUCACGGCGCUGGCCAUGUCCAGGAGCCAUGCUACUCUGUUGGCGGGCGAUGCCUGGGGCAGAGUUUUCACCUGGACCUGUGAGUGAGAGGUGGCAGGAUUUGAGCAGAAUCGUGUCUCCAGCCACCAUUUCUACACAUCCUUUAUCCUCAGAGACUCUGACAGAAAAUCCAUCGUUGUCUCAGGUCUGACGCCAGUUGAGCAUUGAAACCUGCUGUAUUUCACUUCAGUUCUGUGUGUGCAUUCAGGGAGAACUAUGUUACAAUAUUUGGUAUAUUCAAGUCUCAGACAAUAUAGAAUAUUUGAUCUCCUACAUAACUAUUUAAUUCUGUAUUUUUCUUUGUAAAUACUGAAUUUCAACAACUUUAAAUAAAACUAUUGAAAGCCAUUUGCCUAAAUCCUCUCCUGUGAGUCUGGAGCAGUUCAUUCCUCACGAACUGCACUACAAGCAUCCAUUAUCAUAAAAAUACUUGGUUGUAGUUUUACUUGGUUUUACUUUGGUAAAUGUGGUAUGAACAAACCAGGAUGUUUAGUUAGUUGUGAAUAGUUUACUGAACUUUCUUUGUUGUUUUGUACAAUGUGUUUUCAAUCUGCUUUGUAAUGUGGCAUUUAUGAGUAUUUGAGAAUUGGACUGCUUUUUCAUUUAUUGUACCAUUAUCCUCCACAAGUUUACUAUGAUCAUGUCAAGUGUGUGUUGUGGAUGAUGUAAAAUGUGCUUGAGUCUUGUUGAGGUAUUCUUUCUGCUUGGCACAGCUUUUUGUGUGCGUGUGUGCGUGUGCGCGUGUGUGUGUGUGUGUGUUUAUGGUUAACCAAGGACAAAUAUGCCUUUUUAGCCACAUCAGACUGUUCAAUCUCUGUAAUCACUGUACUGCCUCGACAACACACUCCUGGGUAAAUCUGACCCAUUUGAAGAGAGAUGGUAUGAAACUUAACCCUUUCUAAAAAUGUAUCUUAAGCUUUCAGUGAAAAAGUACAAUACUGACCUACAUCAAUGCACUGAUAUUCCAAUAAAUAAGUUGCCAUAUUAAAUUAUGGUAGAUUGUCAAAA